GAUGGAGACAUUGAAGCUUUAUGUUAUGGAUCAAAUGUUUAUGUUCUCGUUUCAGGUGAAAUGGUCUAUUCAUAUCCUGUAAGUUAUAACAGACAUAUUUAUUUAUCACAGGAUUUAUCAAAUUGGGAAUUGGUUUAUUCAUUCACUCCAAAAUUUACUCAAAAUUAUAGAUUUACAAAUUUAUUUUAUAUUGAUGGGUAUUUCAUUGCUUUAGGAUGUGGUGAUUUAGUAAAUAUCAGUAGUGAUGGAAAAAACUGGUCUGAAAUCACAAAAUUUCAAGAUGUUAGAAAAGCAAUUUUCAAAAAUAAUACGUUAAUAUUGAUAACAAGACCAGUUUUAAAUACUCACCCAAAUUCAAUAUUAUAUAAUAAAUUCAAUAUUCAUAAUGGAUUAAAUACAAUUCUUGAGAUGAUUUACCCCAUUGGUUCUAUUUAUACAUCAAUGAACUCAACAAAUCCAGCAACAGUUCUGGGUUUCGGUACGUGGGAGCAGAUUGUAGAUAAAUUCCUCUAUUGUGCUAAUAGUUCAAAGGAAACAGGAGGUUCGAAGAAAAUUAAAGAAGCAAACCUUCCACCACACACUCAUACAGGAACUACAAACUUUUCUGGCGACCAUAGUCACUCAUUAAGAGACCAUCCAUUAUACAACUCAGAAUAUUAUGCUGGCAAUGACGUUUUAUCUCCAGAUUAUAACCAUUCGGCAAAAAAGACUUUUCGACCAACUGAACCAGGAGGAAAUCAUUCACAUACUUUCACAACAAAUCCAACAGGCUUGGGUGAAGAUUAUAUGCCACCAUUUAUGACUGUAUUCGCAUGGUACCGCAUUUAUUGA